AUGUCGUUAGCGUCUUUUCCAAAGCCUCAUUACGGUUCUCUCCCCUCGCCCUCAUCAUCUAACUCCACUACCUACUUCGUCACAUGCGCCACGACAUCCACACGCUCUUCUUUCGCCACACACCAACCAUGGGAAGAGGUAUUCACACUCUACUCCUUCACGCACCCUUACUCGAUCGAAGAAGCGACGAUGCGUGUGAGGCGCAACCUCGACCACUUCCGCAUGAACUACUCCAUGAUGGUGUUGUUCGUUUUGUUCUUGAGCCUCCUCUGGCACCCAUUCUCGAUCAUCAUGUAA